AUGGAUGGUAUUAUAAGAAAAAACCCAUUGGCAGAGGAUCUGAGCGACGUUGGUUCGUGGAAUCAGUCGUUGGGCAGCAUUAGGGAGAUGUUGGGCGACGCUAGAGUCCAUGAUUUGGGCGAGACCCUUGGUGGUGACAUCACAGGAGAGGUGAGAGGCAGGGACAACGCGCAAGUCGUCGUUUGGCAGUGUGAGAGGGGCGACAUCGGUGAAGGAGAUGGCAACGCCCAUGGGCAGUGCUCAAUUGGCGAUGCCUUGGGCUUGAGGAUCAAGGCCAAUGUGGGAGAGAGAGGAGGCGACGCCCAUAUGGGAAG